GCCGCCAUCUUAGGCAGGAGAUUGGAAAGGCCGGAAUUGCAACCUGUUUCAUGUUUUUAAAGCUAAACAAGUAGCAAUGAAGCAACACAGUGGCAGGCAUGGAUCUGGAUGAUUUAGAAGAACUGGCAACAAAGCUGCAUGGGAAGGGAAGCCACUGGGACCUUUUCCAGACUGCAGCAGGCGCUGGCUUGGUUCUCUAUGCUGCAUGGGCUGGAUCCCUGGCACUUGGCAUCCGCAAGGUGUUUGUACAGGUGCCAUUUGUACCAUCCAGUGCCAAGCAAGUGAGCAAUAUGAUGUCACUGCUAAAGGGACGCUCCGGCAAGCUGGUGGAUUUAGGGUCAGGCGAUGGCCGAAUUGUACUGGAGGCCUACAAGCAAGGUUUCAGGCCAGUGGUUGGCUAUGAGCUCAAUCGACUGCUAUGGCAACUAUCUCACUUUCGUGCCUGGCGGGCUGGGUGCUAUGGGAAGGUUUUCUUCCGGAGAGAAGAUUUUUGGAAGGCAGACCUCUCUGACUGCAGCAAUUUGACAGUGUUUCUGGCACCCAGUGUGCAGGUACCUCUCCUGGAGAGAAAGCUGCUUUCCAAACUCCCAGACGAAGCCUGUGUUGUGGCCGCCCGCUUCCCUUUCACAUGGACACCUUCCAGGGAUGCUGGGGAGAGUUUGGAAAGAGCCUGGGCCUACAACAUCAAAGACGUACGGCAAGCCAAACAGGACACAGCAGGAGGAGGUCCAGCAAAAGAGUAAAAGCUUACUCCAGAGUGCGAGUUGUGCAGGAAAAAUGGUUGUGUGAAGUAGAAACAGUGCCUUUUCUUCCUCAGUUGUCGGCCUUUAGGACGGAUGGUUGUCUUUCCACCACUGUACUGGCAAGUGCCAAUAGAUGAUAGCUCAUCAGUUGCCACUUAUUUGCUCCACAUGUAGCAUGGCAUGCAAAAGCAUUAUGUUGUUUUUGGUAAAAUAAAAAUGCUAUUUUCUGAA